GUUAAGCACCUGCUGCACUGUUACUUGGCAUCUUCAAUCAUGUUGAAGGAUAAUCUGACUAUUGUCCUCUGCUGCCUCUGUCUAAGGAUAAGACCUCUGAAUGCAAACAUGUUGCCCGGACAGGAUACCACGAAGGCCCUUUUGAAAAGUUUUAAUGUCCACAAGGUGGCUGUGGAGACAUCGUCUCCACAAGAGGCUACAGCGGACCCAUUUUUAGCACCUGUAAUUGUUCAAAAUAUCUCCAUCCAGGCUGCUGUACAGAAAAGCAACUCGUCACUGAAGGCAUCUGGUGCCUCGGUGCAGGCCCCGUUGGGUCUGUCCAGGCUCAACAAAAUCCCUAUGAGUUUGUCUCUGGACUCUGUUGACGACAUGUAUUACAGUUGCUCCCAGAAGAUGCUGAUCAAAGUGAAACGUCACUACCUCCCAAGGAGCACCAGGGAAGGUCUGCACUCCACAUACACCAAACUUUGCGCCCUGAAAGCCAUGAAGACUAAGGACAUCUAUGACCCGCUGUCUUGGAAUCACUUCAGGGCUCUAUGUGCCUACACAGCAGGGGCAUAUGACGAAUUAAACCGAGCAGUCCGCAAGGGGAAGGCUUCCUACAAGACCUCGUUUGAAUUCCAUGCCCUCCACUUCCUGCUGUCGGACGCCAUCCGGCUCCUAAAAGUCAACCAAAGAAGCUGCUACACCACCUACCGGAGAAGCAAACUGCUCUUCAGCGGGGAAUCUGGACAAACCAUCCGCUUCGGCUCAUUCGCCUCCAGCUCCCUCAACAAGGACCUGCGUCAGUUUGGACGAAGGUCCUGCUUUGAGAUACGCACAUGUUUCGGUGCCUACCUCAAGUCCUACUCAGAGUUCGACUCAGACGAGGAUGAGGUGCUCAUUCCUCCAUAUGAGAUGUUCAAUAUUGUCUCUGUGGACAUUUCAGGAGAGAAUGACUUAGACUGUGAGGUUGUCUACAAGCUUGAGACUGCUGGUGUUUACAGCAGUCUCAACUGCCAGGCAGUGGACCUUUUGUAGAGUGUACAGUUUUAACACUAUCAUUUUAAUAUAUAAUCAGUAUAAUUACUGACACCAGAUCAGCAGCCUCCACCAGUUGACAUUUUCAUUACGCUUCGCUGUCUUGAAUUUAUUAAAACAGUGACUUUUUUUGAGAUUGAACAUUCAUUCUUGACCUUGGAAGAAGAAGUUGGGAAAACAGUCUCACCAGAUGUUUCUUUUAGUAGCUGUUCUGGAGCUGUAGAUUGUAUCACAUGAUCUUCCUCAGCAGAUGGAGUUGGCCAGAACUUGUCGUCCAUGUUGGUUUAAAAGAGACAACAGUAGACAAAACAAUCUGCCCAUGAGGUCAAUUUAGUAGCUGCUCUGAAAAAAAGAGAUUGUUUUGCCAAUUACUUCAUUGUUUUAACAGUACAAAAGAUGAACUAUUGCAAGUAAUAAAAAAAAAUACAGGGCACACUACUGAAAAGGUUUUAAGUCACAUGCAUUAUGUCUCUUAUUCUUUAAAAUGGUGGGGGGGACAAGUUGUGAACCUUUGUUUGACAGAAGCUUUUUUUUCUGGAGAAAAUUGUGUUACACAAAUGAACACAACCCAAGAUAUAUUUUUGACAAAGUAGCUUGGGUUUCCUUAACAGUAAAAGAGAUAUUCAGGUAUCUCUGGGACCAACUCCUAAAUCCCUUUAAUACACAACAGGUCCACUUCACAAAUAAGAUUACAGGCAGAGACAUGGCUUCACGUUAAAAUAUCUGAAGUGAUUUAUCAAGAAAUCUGCAGCUUUUACAAAUAAAAUUUAAAAAAACUUGGGCAGGAUGAUUUUAUGACUUCACCACAAGUACCCAUCCUCCUGUUUACAAGCCACUGCAAAGCGUACUGAACGUCAGCCAGAACAUUUUCUAACCAAGACGAAUGGAAGUGACACAAAGCGAAAUCAGAACUUUUUACUUGACAUAUAAAUUCAUUUUACAAAGAUGUAAACAUGUUUUACACAUUUUCAAUGUCAGUCUUUUAAUAAAAU